UACUUAUUUGCUUUAGUGCGAAGUUUGGAAUGGUUGGCGAUGCGCUGAAUGACACUAGAUCUGCGAGUUGCUGCUGACGUUGACACCAGUCAUGUCCACACGGGUCUACAUCAAUGUUGACCUGGACCCUUUCUGCGCGGAGUUGGUGUUCCCUAAAGGUCUCGACGUCGGAGGUUUCGUCUCUCUCAUAUUUGGCCGCUUCACCCAAGAAGCUCCUCGUGGUCCGCAAGACCACGGAGUUCGUCAUAUCUCCCUUCAAUCUGCCACAAGAGCCAAAUUUGGAAAAGAAUUACCUCUGAAGAAGAAAGUGUUCAUCAGUGUGCCCUAUGGAGAGCGAAACCCACUGUGCACGCUACGAGAUGCUCCACUACCCGAUGACCUUGAGGAUAUCCCAGAUGCCUCCGAUGAAGAAGCUGUGGAUGAUGUAAUCCUAGGUUCCAGCAAAGACAACGAGGGCGACAGGCCCCCCUCCAGGUCCGAAGAGGCCUCCCCCACUGUGGUCUCGGGCCUGCUGUGUCCAUCCUGCGGGGGUUGGUUUAGCAACACAGAGGUUCUGCAGCUGCACAAGGCCAUGAGUCAUGCGCGAGUCAACUCCAACAAGCCCGUUAAGACAGUUUACGGUUGCAAGGUCUGCAAGAAGACAUACAGCACUAGCUCUGACUGCCUGCUGCAUAAGUGGAAACACAAGCCGGAGUCUGAAUGGCCAUUCCAGUGCAAGAACUGCAGUCGCGGCUUCAUCCGCCAAGCAGCCUUUGUGCGUCACCAGCAGACCCACAACUUCGAGUGCAAAGAGUGCAACCGUAAUUUCAUGAACCAAGAAAAGCUGCAAGAACACAGCGUGACGCACCAACAAGGACGUGAGACGUUCCUGUGUGUCCACUGCGAGCAGCUCUUCCUAAGCAAGGCUGGCCUGGAACGGCAUGUGUUGAGGUAUCACAAGAACACUUCAGCUGUGUCAACUGGCGAGAGAGUCAACGAAGCUGAUGGUGUGGAUCCAGAGACAGCUCCGGAGAAAGCUGCCAUACUAGACUCUAUUCCAGUUGAGCUAUCCUGUGACCAGUGCACCUUUGGCUGCUCACAGGCCUCGGAAUUGGCGCAGCAUGUUGCGUCAAACCACCCAACAGUACCGAUAUUUAGGUGUAAAAAGUGCGAGCAGCCAUUUCUCAAGGAGGCCGAGUGCGAAGAGCACAUGCAACUUAAGCAUCAGCUGAUUCACGUGGAGCCCACUUCGGAAGGCAACUAUCUGUGUCAGAUCUGUGACCGUCGGUUGAAGACAUUCAGCGGCUACUGGGGACAUCUCAGAGGCCACACGAAGGCCAAGCCAUUUUUGUGCGAUCAGUGCGGUCACCGUUACACCAGCAGGGGCAGUUUGACCAAGCAUAAGCGCACCCACGACUUCGCCAAUGCCACCAAGUGUCCGCACUGCUCGAAGGAAUUUGCCACCCUCGACUACAUGCGCAAUCAUGAGCGACUGGUUCACACCCGCAACUUCAAGUUUUCCUGCCGACUGUGCGGCCACAAGUUCCCGAACGAGCGCAAGCAGCAGACUCACAUGGCCGUGGUGCAUGAGCAGGAGCUGACGCGCGAGGAGCUAAACGCCAUGACGCGUGUGCGGCACAUGCGCUGCCCCGACUGUUCUUUUGCCACCUACAGUUCCCUGCAGUUCCGCCAGCACCGGGCAACCCACACGGGCCGCUACCCCUUCUCGUGCACGCUGUGUGACCGGGCUUUCACUUUCCGGUUCCAGCUGACAUUGCACAUGCGGCGCCAGCACCGACCAGGCGGCCCGCUGAUGUGCCCGCACUGCCCUCGACAUUUCAUCGCCGAGGACUCCCACCGUGCGCACGUGGCCUUGCACGGCGCCCCCCACGCCAAAGGGCUCGAGUGCACUCAAUGCAAGAGGCUCUACGAAACUCCGCGACUGUUGGAGAAGCACCAGGCCUCCGUUCACAGCUCACAGGCGACACGUUUCACUUGCAAGGUGUGCAACAAGCGGUUCCGCACGUCCAGUGGCAUCGUAGCUCACCGUAGGGUGGCCCACCUUGAUUCACACGGAGGUACAAACGAAAAGACGCCGGCAAAGCAGGCUUCGUCCAACAAAAACUGGGCUCACAGGCCUGGCAGGAAGUAUGGCUGUUCACGGUGGAAGUACAGCUGUGAACCUUGCGGCCGCUUCUUCAAGUUUGACGGCAGUCUACGUGCACACCGGGUCUUCUUUCACGGCAUUGAAGGCAAAACUACCGAGGAGAAGCUCUGUCCCGAGUGUGGGAAAGCCUUCCAGACUGAACUGAGUCUGGCGAUGCACUUGCGCACACACACCCAGGAAGUCAACUUCAAAUGCAGUGUCUGCAGCAAGAUCUAUCGCAGUCGCUGCAGCCUCAAGAAGCACAUAGCCACGGCACACCGCUCAAGUCUACGUGUAUUUUGUGCUGUCUGCAACCGGGGUUUCCUCAGCCAUGCCUCCAUGCUGCUGCAUGUUAAGUUUGCACACAAGGAUGGUGCCAAAGCUGGAGCGACAGCUGAAGUUAUUGCAGACCGUUUGGAGCCCUCCACAGAUGCUGCCACAUCAGUGACAAUGACAGAUGUUGAAGCUGAAGCAGCCUCCGAUUCAGCUAUGUUUUCCGUUUCGAAUGUGCCACCUAUGUCCACUAUGCCUUCUGUCCAGGUUGUGGUGCCCACGUCUACUGUGUCUUCAGUUCCACACAUGGGAGCUGCACUCACUGUGUCUUCAGUUCCACACGUGGCUACCGCCCCCACUGUUUCUUCGAUUCCGGGAAUUGCAGCCAUGUCCGCGUUGUCACGGGUUCCGAAUGAGGCCUCUGUAUCCACUAUGUCUUUGGUUCCAGGAAUUGCUGCUGUGACCACUGUGUCACUUGUUCCAAGUGUGGCCUCUGUGUCUACUGUGUCUUCUGCUGCAUGUGUGGCUCCUGUACUCACCGUGCCUCCCGUUCCAGAGAUAGUUUCCUAUACAGUGACAGCCUCCGAUAACACUGCGGCUUCAGAUCAGGACAUGGAAGCAGCCACGGACUCAGUUGCUUUACCAUCGCCGUCCAUGACAAGCGAUGGCAUGGUGGAAUUGGAGCCAGUGCAGGAGAUCACCGAGCUUACCCGUAUGGAGCCCGGAAGUCACGAGCACGCAGCAGUGGAGCACUUGUUUGCCAGCAUUCAGCAUCCCACGGCCUCCUUGCCCGUGGUAGCUGAUGGACCACCGUUGACUGUUGUUGGCUCAGCGCAGCACAUGUUGCACAUGCUCUCUGUGUCCCAAGUCGAGGAGGUGGUCAGCGAGGUCUGUCUGCCUCAGAACAGUUGUCCAAAUGUGUGGUAGUCUAGCCUAUAAUUGUUUUCACGGAGGUAGGCGAUGUGAUUGCUAGCUCUCUGAAUGGUCGAAGACACGUGUUGGCCAUGUAACUUCGCCGAGAAAACCUGCAGGGUGUGCCUUGGGAAAUAUGAGGACGUGUUACAGGGCACGCUUGCUGGGCCAUCGCUUUUCUUUUUUCAUGUAAUUUUUGUUAACGUGCCAUUGAAAGUUACGAUUGCGUUUAGUGCUCGGGACGUUUCCUAACCACCUGUAAAGUACAGUUAAUCUUUAGUAGAUCGUUCUAAAGCAGGAAGACAAUAUGUUACGUGCCGAUUAAGUUGUUAAAUAUUUCCCUGUCAAAGAACUAAUGCGAUUGCCUCCUGAAGGUCUUGUUUCAAGUUGUGUGGGACAGAAUUUUUUUUACCUUUUGCUGGGCAUUGAUUUGAGCAUUUCGAACUUGAUGAGGGUUUGCACUCCAACUCCAUGCAAAGCAAACAAGUCACAUAGAAACGCUAUAUAUUAUCAAUCACUUUAAAUGUUGCAGUUACCACGUAGUAUUAACCUUUACUUUGUACUGUACUGAAUGCAGGACUUUUGCAAAUUUAGCGAAAGUGCUUGAAAUUUUGUGUUGACUUUCAUUCCUACGCUCAUUGUGAUACUGAAAUAAAUGAUGCACCUAUG